CGACGGAAGCAAAAUGAAUAGCAGCGAAAUUCAAAAGAGACGUCUUCCAACCGAAGCACCUGCUCGUUGCCUUUGACCAUCCUGCAAGCAUGUUUGGCCAGCGUAUAGGGAGCUCUCUUAGACGUAUAGUUCAGACAUCUGUCUGUGACGAGUAUAGACAGCAGGUUUUCGCGUCUGGAUCGACGUCCUACAUCCAAAUUCGUACGUCGACCAAGCGUGGUGGUGGAUCGACAAAGAAUGGAAGGGAUACCCCAGGAAAGAGAUUAGGUGUGAAGAAGUUUGGGGACGAGUUUGUCUUACCUGGUCAAAUCAUUGUUCGUCAACGAGGACUCAAAUUUCACCCUGGUCAAGGCGUGGCGUACGGGCGUGACCACACGCUGUUCGCCCUCGAACCUGGAUACGUCAAAUUCUACUACCAUCACCUCCGUCCACCGCACCUCGAGAAAUCCGUCCUGAUCACUGAGACCGCUAGAAAUAUCUCAGAGCCAGGCACCAUCGACGAUGGUAGCAGACCAUCCGUCAUACCUGGCGCCCCGAAAAUCUUCCCUCCAGUCAAAAAACCAAGAGGAAUGAAGCGAUACAUCGGGGUCGUGAGGAACAAGGACGAAGUCCUGCCCCGAGAUGAGCGGGCUCUCGGGCGUGAGAGGUAUUUCUGGGGUGCUUUGAAGCAUUUCAGACAGUCCCGCGGGUAAGCGUACGAUUUGUAUUUGGGUGAGAGACCUUAGCUUGUGUGAUAUGUAUGCGCGUACAACGCAGAGGUGCCGUCCGCAUCGAUCCGCAAUGGACACCGAACAGUUGUGCGUCAAAGCGACCUCCAAAAUUCCUGGGAUA